UUCUCUUAUUCUUGUCUGUUCUGCCUCACUCGUGAGCUCUACUGAACCCCAUCAAAGCACACAAGAAGAAAAUGGACAAAAGUGGAGUGCUGGUGCUAGGAUUUUUCAUCAUGGCUGUCCUGAUGAGCCCCAAGGAAUCAUGGGCUAUCAAAGAGGAACAUGUAAUCAUCCAGGCUGAGUUCUAUAUGGCCCCUGACGAGUCGGGAGAGUUUAUGUUUGACUUUGAUGGUGAUGAGAUUUUCCAUGUGGAUCUGGAGAAGAGGGAGACGAUCUGGCGGCUUGAAGAAUUUGGAAAAUUUGCCAGCUUUGAGGCUCAGGGUGCAUUGGCCAAUAAAGCUGUGAACAAAUUCAACCUGGACAUCAUGAUGAAGCGCUCCAACCACACCCCAAUCACCAAUGUAUCUCCAGAGGUGACCGUGCUCUCAAAGAGCCAUGUGGAACUGGGAGAGCCUAACGUCCUCAUCUGUUUUGUCGACAAGUUCACCCCUCCGGUGAUCAAAGUCACGUGGCUUCAAAAUGGAAAACCUGUCACCACAGGAGUGUCAGAGACAGUCUUCCUGCCUAGGGAUGACCAACUUUUCCGCAAGUUCUACUAUCUCCCCUUCCUGCCCUCAACUGAGGAUGUCUAUGACUGCAAGGUGGAGCACUUUGGUUUGGAUAAGCCUCUUCUCAAGCACUGGGAGUUUGAAGUGCAACCCCCCCUCCCAGAGACUACAGAGAAUGUGGUGUGCGCCCUGGGCCUGGUUGUGGGUCUGGUGGGCAUCAUUGUGGGGACCAUCUUCAUCAUCAAGGGCGUACGCAAAGGCAAUGCUGCAGAACGCCGAGGGCCUCUGUGAGGCACAUGGAGGUGAUGGCCUUUCUGAGCGAGAAGAUCAAUCAAGAAAUUUCUGCUUUAAUAGCUUUACAAAGUUGGCAAUACUCCAAUUGUUUACCUCA